AGAACCCACAUUAGCUAAAUACGGAAAUGGCUCCUCCAACAUAUGCUCCGCUUUGCUCCAUUUCGCUGUUGGUCGGCGUCUUCGUGUUUGUCUCAGCAGAUCAGAAAAUCAUCCCAGCUAAAUCUGGACAGAAGAACGUCACUCUGCCAAGUCGAGCUCCAAACAACAACGUCAUUAUUAUUGUAGAGUGGAGCAGAGCUGACCUGGGGGAAGAAUAUGUGCUUCUGUUUCGGGAUAAGAGGCUCAAUCCAGACGAACAGCAUCCAUCUUUUAAGAACCGGGUGGAUCUGCAGGACAGACAGAUGAAGGAUGGAGACGUGUCUUUGAUUCUGAAGAAUGUGACGAUUAAUGAUGCUGGAACAUACGAGUGUGGUGUCGUCCAAAGAGAAGCAAAGCGCAGGAAGAGAGGUGUUUUAGAUAAUGAGCCCAUCAGCAGCAUCUACCUGAGUGUUGUUCCUCCAGGUCAGACAGGAGGAGACACAGAGGAUGGAGGGAAGGAGGAUGGAUCUGUUAGACUGAAAGUUGGUCUGUCAGUUUCUGCUGUGCUUCUUGUUGCUGCUGUUGUUGGAUUUUUGGUCUACAGAAAACAUAAACAACAACAGGGUCAGGGUUCAUACCAGCCUCCCGUUGAAUCUCAGGAUGUUUGAAAUGUCAGCUUAACUGUGAUUCUUGUGCUUUUAUUUUCAGUCUUGUCACUGAACAUGUUGAAAGACAGAAAUCUAUAACACUAAACAUCUAUCAGGUACCUGUCAGACACGUCCAGAUUUUAGUUUGGAUUUACAUUUUACAUCUAAAGAAAAGAAAAAGUUCAUUGCAUUAUAGACAGUUAAUAUCUGUCUGAAAGCAUUAAGAAUCCAUUGAUCAAAUGUUACUUUUUUGACCAAUUUUUAAAUGUAAUUACAUUAAAAUGAAACCAACACAUUUCAUUGUAGCUGCAGAGUCCGACAUUUCCUUCCUUUGACCUGGAACGAUUCAUGCAGUGGGAAGCACAGGCUUCAUUGAACUUUACCUUCCAUGAAGGAGACUCUUCAGUCUGUUACUGUCCAAUUGUUACUUCAUUUUAAAUAAUCCAAAAGCUUUUCAUAUAUUUCUGCUUUAUUUCUAUAUAAUUUUUUUAUGCUAAUUUGUUCACUGAGAAAGUUUCACAUAUGUUAGUCCUUAAUGGAUGUGGGCUGUUUUUCUUUACAUUUUCUGUGGCUGUAAUUAUUAGUAGUAUUAUUUUAAUCAGAGGCUUUCUGACUUCGUGAAACUGGUGAUGCCGGUU